CUCUCUCAGUCAGGCUUGCGCAGUCCCCUCUCCAAAACCCUCAAACGUCUUCCUCUCUUCGCUAAAAACCCGUCUUCUUUAUCCCUCUUGCUCUGUAAAUCAGCAGCUUUCAUUCCAAGAUGUCCUUCUACCGUAUCAUCAUCCAACGGUCCCUCCAAUCCAGUGCCACCCAUCAUCUACGCCACCAAAACCCUCUCUUCUCCCUCACCCACCUCCGUUCCUUCGCCUUCUCCUCCGCCGAGGAAGCCGCCGCCGAGCGCCGCCGCAGGAAGCGGCGCCUCCGCAUCGAGCCCCCCCUCCACGCCCUCCGCCGCGACCCGUCGGCUCCACGCCCUAGACCCGACCCGAACGCACCCCGCCUACCCGACUCCACCUCCGCCCUCGUCGGCCCCCGCCUCAACCUCCACAACCGGGUCCAAUCCCUCAUCCGCUCGGGCGACCUAGACUCCGCCUCUGCGACUGCCCGACAUGCCGUCUUCUCCAACACCCGUCCCACCGUCUUCACCUGCAACGCUAUCAUGGCUGCCAUGUUCCGCAACCGCCGCCUUGAUGACGCUGUCGCCCUUUUCCGCUUCUUCUUCCAGCAGUCCAACAUCGUCCCCAAUGUCGUCUCCUACAACGUCCUCAUCAACACCCACUGCGAUGCUGGCCGCGUUGACGUUGCCCUCGAUGUCUACCGCCACAUCCUCGCCCACGCCCCCUUCAGCCCCUCACCCGUCACCUACCGCCACCUCGUCAAGGGCCUCACUGACAAUGGCCGCAUCUCCGAGGCUGUAGACCUCCUCCGCGAGAUGCUCAACAAGGGCCAUGGUGCCGACUCACUUGUCUACAACACGCUCAUGGAUGGCUUCAUCAAGCUCGGCAAUAUGGAGAAGGCACUCGAGCUCUUUGAUGAACUGCGGGAGCGGUGCCUCGUGUACGAUGGCGUUGUUCAUGCCACCCUCAUGGAUGCUUACUUCAAGAAAGGGAUGGAGAAGGAGGCAAUGGAGUCUUACCGGGCCCUCCUUGAUCGGCAGUUCAAGAUGAAUGCCGUCACCUGCAAUACCCUUUUGGAGGUUCUGUUGAGGUACCGGAAGAUGAGUGAUGCAUUGGCACUGUUUGAUCACAUGCUGGUUGCACACACCCCACCGAAUUUCCUAUCAAUGAAUACAGAUUCUUAUAAUUUGAUGGUGAACGAGUACUGUCAGUUGAAGAAGUUCUCUGAAGCCAUCGCGGUGUUCAAGAAGACGGGCACGAAGCCUUGUGUGAUGGAUGUUGGGUGCUAUAAUAACAUCAUCGGGAAGCUCUGUGCAGAAGAUGGGUGGGUUUCAGAGGCAGAGAAACUGUUUGAGGAAAUGCCCAUCAAGUCGGUUAAUCCAGAUGCAGCAACGUACGGCUUUUUUAUUGAUGGGUAUUUUAGAGAAGGCAGAGUAGAUGAUGUUUUGAGAUUGUUUGAGAAGAUGAUGGGCGAAGCAGGUUUGAAAGCUGAUAUCAGUUUCUACAACAAGGUGUUUGAUGGGUUGGUUGAAAGGGGUAGGGUCGAGGAGGCUGCAGGGUUUUUAGGGCGGAUGUUGGAGAGAGAAGUGAAGCCAGAUUUGAGGAGCUAUGAGAUUGUGAUUAACGCGUUCUGCAAGGAAGACAGAUUGGACCAAAGUCGGAAAUUGCUGGAAGAGAUGGUGAAGAACGGCGUUGCUGUUAGUCCCACACUCCACGAGUCUGUAUUGGAUGCUUUUGGGAAAGCAGGGCGGAGUGAAGAAAUUGAGCAGCUGUUUGAAGAGAAAACGGGUAUGAUUGCCAACUCACCACCUGCAGCUCCUCAAGCCGAACAGGUAGCAGCUUGAUCUAUUUUUGCUAGACCCAGUAUCAUAACACAUUGUCCUUCAUGUUUUUGAGUCGAGUGACGAAAAUGGCUGGUUCAUUGUAUCUUGGAUGUUCAGUUGACAUCAGUCUAAAUGGGCAUCCAUUGCCAAUUAAAUUAUUAAUUGCUGUAAGGGGGUCAUUGUUGGGAGUAUGGGUUCUCGUCUUAGCUGAUGAGUUUUGCAGGUUGUGUGAGUCUAUCUGAUGGGUUGUCUUGAGUCUGGACUACUCCAUUUCAAAGACAUUUAGAACGAUAAAUUAUUAAUGAUAUAAUCUUGUCUCUGGUAGAAACAAUACCAAUCUUUUGUUGGCAUUUUGAAGGAUUUGUUAUACUUUCCUCCA